ACUAAGUCCGGAGGUUCCGGACUAUGGUCCAAUGAGUUUUUGAGCAACCGAAACACCAUUAUUCAUAACCUACAGAAAUUCAACUUAGUGGAUGUAUUGCAUAUUAAUCUAGUGGUGGUCUGAUGAAGGUGGUGUUCUUCCUAGUGAUUCUGUGUUCCGUGGCCUCAACUGCUUCAUCUUCGCAGACCGACACUCUUAAACAAGGUGAUGCCUUGAACUCCUCCUCCGCUCCACUUGUUUCUGCCAACAACAGCUUCAGCUUAGGGUUCUUGGCGUUCUUCACGCCGGAGGGAACCAACAGGACAUAUUUAGCAAUACAGUGCACGGAAUGUGAUUCGAGCGGGGAACCGGUAUGGAUAGGCAACAGAGAAACGCCUCUCCCCACAAAUUCCUCCGCCACCCUUCAAAUAGAUGCUUCUGGGAGAUUGAUACUCACCUAUACGGAAGGACAACGCAACCCUUUCCUGCUGCUUUCAUCAAAGCAAACUACCCAUAAAGUCGAAGCAACUUUACUAGAUUCCGGUAACUUUCUACUCCGGGAGGUCAACGCCGAUGGUUCAUUGGGGGAGGAACUGUGGAGUAGUUUUGACAAUCCCACGGAUACCCUUUUGCCGGGGAUGAAGUUAGGAGUGAACCAUAGAACGGGUAAGAAAUGGAGUCUAACAUCAUGGCAGGACGAUGAUAAUCCGGCGGCAGGGGCAUUUAGUCUGGAGUGGGAACCAAGCAAGCGUCGGCUGGUUCUCAAGAAUCGAGGAGUGGUUCGCUGGACGAGUGGAGAGUUGAUGAGCGCUACUGAUUUCCAGCACAUAACCGUUAACUACAGCGGCCUUUACUUCGGCCGACAUACCUUUGAAUACGUAAACAUAUCAAAAAAAGAAGAAGAGUCUUUCAGCUAUGCAGUAACGCCUAUUUCAUAUUUAUCUCCCCAAGACCAAAUAAAAAAUCGUCUCGCUGGUUGGAGAAUGGACACCGGAGGCAAUUUGCGCGACAUUAUGGGUGGUCUAGCUAUCGCUGUCGUGGGGAAUUGCUAUGGGUAUGAGGAUGAAACUCAGCAAUCAAAUGGGUGCGAGUUAUGGGAGCAACCCCCUUGCAGGGGUGGUGGCGAGACGUUUGAGGAAAGAUCUGGGACAUUUAUGAGAGACACUGAAAAUGGGCGUCUACAGGACCCCGGUGACAUGACGCCUGAGAAUUCUAGUGGUAGCCCCAGUGACUGCAGGGAGAAUUGCUGGAGCGACUGCGACUGCGUUGGUUACCGGAGCUACCCUGAGGGGAGCUGUGGGUACUGGAGGGGAACAGAUCUGCAAUUUGAACAGGACAAGGCUGGUAAUACAGUACAUCUAUAUGCUCUAAACCGUCCAGAUAAGGGUAAGCCACGAAGUAAGACAUGGAUAUGGAUUCUUAUACCCAUAGCAAUAUCCACUGUCCUCGUCAUCUUGCUUCUACUGUGCCGGAGAAGGAGAAAACGAGAAGAAGCAAGGAAAGAGCAAGAGUUGAAGGACCUAUUGACAUUGGAGGAAUACAGUGAUAUUCAUGAGCUCAGCAGCGGGGAAAAUGGCAGUCUCAAAGUAUUUAGCUAUGCAUGGGUGGUCGCUACAACCAAAAACUUUUCAUCUGACUAUAAAUUGGGACAAGGUGGUUUUGGAAGUGUUUACAAGGGAUUAACACCUGAAGGAGAAGAAGUAGCUAUAAAACAAUUAUCGGAAAAAUCAACACAAGGACUCGUGGAGUUCAAAAAUGAGGUGGUGUUGAUAGCUAAACUCCAGCACACAAAUCUCGUAAAGCUGCUUGGUUUUUGCAUUCAUGGGGACCAAAAGAUGCUUAUUUAUGAGUUCAUGCCCAAUAAAAGUUUAGAUUUUUACCUCUUUGAUCCAGAAAGAAAAGGGCAUUUAACUUGGGAGAAACGCCUCAACAUCAUUGAAGGAAUUGCUCAAGGCCUGCUUUACCUUCACAAGUACUCAAGAGUUCGUAUCAUUCAUAGAGAUAUGAAAGUUAGUAACAUAUUGCUUGAUAAGAAUAUGAAUCCAAAAAUUUCAGACUUUGGUAUGGCCAAGAUACUCAGGCAAAAUGCCACGGAAGCAAACACAAUGAGACUAGGUGGAACAUUUGGUUAUAUGGCCCCUGAGUAUGCUAUGGAGGGUAUUUUCUCUACAAAGUCUGAUGUCUAUAGCUUCGGAGUACUAGUACUGGAAAUUAUAAGCGGCAAGAAGAACAAUCACUUCCGCAGUGAGGAUGGCCCCCUGAAUUUGGUGGAACAUGCAUGGGAGUUAUGGAACAGAGAUGCAGUGCUGCAGCUAGUGGAUCCAGCAAUAAGCAAUGUGUGUGGCAAUGAAGAACAGUUGCGGGGGUGCAUACAUGUGGGACUACUAUGUGUCGAAGAUUUUGCAGUCGACCGACCAUCUAUGUCGGAUGUGGUGUCGAUGUUAGGCAAUGAAAAUAUGGCAUUGCCAAAGCUAAAAAAGCCUGCAUUUGUCUCAAGAUUCAGUGUGCCCGACAGGUUUCAGGAUGACAAGUCAGAGAAGCUCACAGUGAAUGAACUCUCCAUUUCAGUUAUGGGGGGAAGAUAUAAUACAUAUGAUAGUCUGAUGGAGGAGGUGGUGUUCUACCUACUGAUUCUGUGUUCCGUGGCCUCAAUCGCUUCAUCUUCGCAGACCGACACUCUGAAACAAGGUGACGCGUUGAACUCCUCCUCUUUGCUUGUUUCAGCCAACAACAACUUCACCUUAGGGUUCUUCACGCCGGAGAGAACCAACAGGACAUAUUUAGCAAUACAGUGCAGAGCAUGUGAUUCGAGCGAACCGGUAUGGAUAGGCAACAGAGAAACGCCUCUCCCCAUAAAUUCCUCCGCCACCCUUCAAAUAGAUGCUUCUGGGAGAUUGAUACUCACCUAUACGGAAGGACAACGCAACCCUAUCCUGAUUUCAUUGAACCAAACCAGCCUAAAUGUCACAGCAACUUUACUGGAUUCCGGCAACUUCGUACUCCGGGAGGUCAACUCCGACGGGGAGGAACUGUGGAGUAGUUUCGACAAUCCCACGGAUACCCUUUUGCCGGGGAUGAAGUUAGGAGUGAACCAUAGAACGGGUAAGAAAUGGAGUCUAACAUCAUGGCAAGACGAUGAUAUUCCGGCGGUAGGGGCGUUUAGUCUCGAGUGGGAACCAACAAAGCGAAGAUUGGUUCUAAAGAAUCGAGGAGUGGUUCGUUGGACGAGUGGAGAGUUGAUAAACGCUACUGAUUUCCAGCACAUAACCAUUAACUCCAGCGGCCUUUACAACGGCCUGCAUACCUUUGACUACGUAAACAUAUCAACAAAAGAAGAAGAGUCUUUCAGGUAUGCAGUCACGCCUCUGCCCGAUCCAUUUCUAUCUCCCGAGCAAAAAGUUAAAAACCGUCUCGCUGGUUGGAAAUUGGACACCGGAGGCGCUUUGGCCGACAUUGUGGGUAGUAUGCAUAUCGUUGACGUGGGGAAUUGUUACGGGUAUGAGAAUGAAACUCAGCAGUCAAUUGGGUGCGAGUUAUGGGAGCAACCCACUUCUUGCCGGGGUGGCGGCGAGACGUUUGGGCAAAGAGAUGGGACAUUUAAGAGAGACACUGAAAAUGGACUUAUAGUGGUCGGCGGUGACAUUACGCCUAAGAAUUCUAGUGGUAGUCCCAGUGACUGCAGGGAGAAUUGCUGGAACGACUGCAAUUGCGUUGGUUACCGGAGCUACCCUGAGGGGAGCUGUGGGUACUGGAGGGGAACAGAUCUGCAGUUUGAACAGGAAAACACUCAAAUGGGUACAGUACCUCUAUUUCGUCUUAUCCGUCCAGAAAAGGGUAAGUCACCAAGUAAGACAUGGAUAUGGAUUCUUAUACCCAUAGCAGUGUCCACUGUCCUGGUCGUCUUGCUUCUAUUGCGCCGGAGAAGGAGAAAACGAGAAGAAGCAAGGAAAGAGCAAGAGCUGAAGGAUCUAUUGACAUUAGAAGAAUACAGUGAUAUUAAUGAGCUCAGCAACGGCGAGAAUGGCAGUCUCAAAGUAUUUAGCUAUGCAUGGGUCGCCGCUACAACAAAUAACUUCUCUUCUGACUACAAAUUGGGACAGGGUGGUUUUGGAAGUGUUUACAAGGGACUAACACCUGAAGGACAAGAAGUAGCUAUAAAACAAUUGUCGGAAAGAUCAACUCAAGGACUCAUGGAGUUCAAAAAUGAGGUGGUGUUGAUAGCUAAACUGCAGCACACAAAUCUUGUAAAGCUGCUUGGUUUUUGCAUUCAUGGGGACCAAAAGAUGCUUAUUUAUGAGUUCAUGCCCAAUAAAAGUUUAGAUUUUUACCUCUUUGAUCCAGAAAGAAAAGAGUAUUUAACUUGGGAGAAACGCCUCAACAUCAUUGAAGGAAUUGCACAAGGCUUGCUUUACCUUCACAAGUACUCAAGAGUUCGUAUCAUUCACAGAGAUAUGAAAGUUAGCAACAUAUUGCUUGAUGAGAAUAUGAAUCCAAAAAUUUCAGACUUUGGUAUGGCUAAGAUACUCAGGCAAAAUGCCACAGAAGCAAACACAAUGAGACUAGGUGGAACAUUUGGUUAUAUGGCGCCUGAGUAUGCCAUGGAGGGUAUUUUCUCUACAAAGUCCGACGUCUAUAGCUUCGGAGUACUAGUACUAGAAAUUAUAAGCGGCAAGAAGAACAAUCACUUCCGCAGUGAGGAUGGCCCACUGAAUUUGGUGGAACAUGCCUGGGAGUUAUGGAACAGAGAUGCAGUGCUACAGCUAGUAGAUCCAGCAAUAAGCAAUGUGUGUGGCAAUGAAGAACAGUUGCAUAGGUGCAUACAUGUGGGACUACUAUGUGUUGAAGAUUUUGCAGUCGACCGACCAUCUAUGUCGGAUGUGGUGUCGAUGUUAGGCAAUGAAAAUAUGGCAUUGGCAAAGCUAAAAAAGCCUGCAUUUGUGUCGAGAUUCAGUGUGCCCGACAGGUUUCAGGAUGGCAAGUCAGAGAAGUUCACAGUGAAUGAACUCUCCAUUUCAGUUAUGGAAGGAAGAUAGUGUUGCAAUUUACUACUUUAUAAAGAUAUUUUGUUGUGUAGUGGUACACUAUAAAUUCAAACUAUUUAGACAGAUGCAGUAUGAUGGGUGCACAAAGAAGAUUCACUUUCAAUAAACACGAUUUGAUAUUUUGAA